AUGUACGAUGGUUUUGAGACGCUGUUCGUGUCUUUCCCAGCGCGAUACGUUCUACACGUACAGAUAAAUCGACCGAGCAAGAGGAACGCCAUGAACGCAAAGUUUUGGAUCGAGUGUCGGGAUUGCUUCCAGCUCAUCUCGGAGGAUGCCGACGUGCGGGCGGUUGUGGUGUCUGGGAUGGGCGACCACUUUUCCGCGGGAUUGGACCUGUCCGACACGACCAACUUCGACGCCAUCGGAAGGGCCACGAAGGACGUCGCUCGUCGAGCGUUUCGUUUCCGAAAGCUUGCUUUGGCGAUGCAGGAGUCGUUUACGGCCGUGGAGCGGUGCCCCCAGCCCGUGAUCGCGGCGAUCCACGGGGCGUGCGUGGGAGGAGCGGUGGACUUGGCUUGCGCCUGCGACAUUAGGCUCUGUUCUGAGGACGCGGGAUUCUGCGUCGCUGAGGUCAAGGUCGGCCUAGCGGCGGACGUGGGGACGCUACAACGAAUGCCCAAGAUAGUGGGCAACGAGUCGCUGUGCAGAGAGCUCGCCUACACUGGACGGACGUUCGGAGCGGCCGAGGCAUCACGCAUGGGGUUUGUCUCCCGUGUCGUCGCUGCCCCCGAAGCAGCAACCGUUGCCGCCGCCGCCGCCGCCGCCGCCGCAGCUGCCACGGCAGGUGGUAAACCGCGUGCCGUGGCGGCGUCGGCGGCGUCGGCAGGAGUAUCACCCCGUCGCUCCCAACGAGCAGAAGUCGUCGCCGCCUCGAUUCUGACGGCCUCGGAGAUAGCCAGGCAAAGCCCCGUUGCCGUCUUCGGCACCAAGCGUAACCUCCUCUACGCGCGGGACCACAGCGUCGUUGAUGGGUUGGAGUAUGCGGCGACGUGGAGCGGGGCGGCACUCCAGGCCGGGGAUCUGAGCACGGCCAUGCGUGCGGCGGCUGGAAAUCCGAAACGAAGUGGUAGGAGAGAGGCGGGAGCGGGAGCAGAGGCGGGUUCGCACCCGCAUUUUUCGAAAUUAUAGCGGUCUGCGGCAGGGGGGUGGGGGGGGUUGCCGCAAAGGCUCGAGGGUCAAGGAAACAGGGCGAAGCGGCGGCGAAGGCAUUUAAUUCGUCGGGUGUACAAGUUUUACCGAAGGGGGGGAGCAUGGU